AUGGAGGCCGAGACAGCUGCGCAGCUCUGGUGCAUUUUCAAGCAGUGUACGGAUUGGCACUUGCAAGAUCUCCAACCCAUGAUCCGCGACAACGUUGAACAUCAAACGCUGGACCACUGGAUCAUGGGGGACAAAGAUGUGACCCAACAUGAGUCGUACUUAUCUCUCCAUCUCGGAGGGGAAAUUCCAGCCAAUACGAGCCAUCGGUUGCAAGCCUGGAGGCAGCGACUUCAGCGAAUCCAGCAACUGCCCGUUCGUAAGGUUUUGAGGCCGACAGCGACACUUUCCUAUUACGACGGACGAGUCUGCCGAAAAGAGGAAGGUGCAUCGCGAACCCACAGACAUCCGCAACAAACCCAGCGAAACACUUCAGCACCCGGACGCAUCAGUCACAUUUCCGGCACGCAUUUGACACUGGCGGCGCAACCCACUUCCACUUCCACACUAUCUGCCACCAUCACUGGCAACCACCACCGGCAACCACCACCACCACCACCACCGCCACAACAAACUGUGCCCAAGAGACAAACCAUUCAGACAGACACCUACCAGAACCCGAAUUUGUUUCGAGACAUCUGCAGCGAGUCAAGCGGCUGGAUCGGUCUUGAUUCCCAGGUCAACCCAAGCAAGCAGAAGCAAUUGUUUGGGAUCCGCACUGUUGUCUCAGCCAGUCUGGAAGCGCCCGGCACUCGGAUUAGGUCGUUGCAGUGCGCAAGCAGCAAGACCGAAAUAUUGAAAGACACAUACAAGCUUGGCAAGGUUCUGAGGAGUCGCAAAACAGUUGACAUACCUUAG